AUGGCAGAUACGCGUCAACGGACAAUCAUCAAGGUUUUUCGCAAGUUUAGUAAUUCUAUCGGACCCGACGCCCUUGAACUGCUCAACGAAAUUUUGGAUCGUCAUGAGAUCGCCGAUGCUGACGUUGAAUCAAGUCUCGAAACUCUCGCAAAGGCAUACAAUAAACAAGAUGACGCUGAGAUGAAAGUCUCGGUGGAGGUUCUUCGGAGAGUCUACGAUUCCUUCCAAGAUGAAAACGAACAUGUCGAGAAAGAGUCCAUAGAUCCCGAAAAUCACUUAUUCGUUAUUAACGCGUUUGAAAUGCCACGAUGGACGUGGUCACAAGAAAGAGGUACCUUCGAGAGGUCAGGUGCGCCUCUAACUUCCUCUGGUUCCGCAGAGUCUAGGAUAGCAUCCAUACGCGACAGGCUGAAUAUCAUCAAACAAUGCGUCCUAAGAAACGAACAUUUUGCUCCAUCCACUUUGCCUUCGCGCGACCGCGAGCGGCUGGUCACCCUAAGAUCCACCAAACAGCUUCUUGGGCGACCCGGGGAACGUUUUCUGUUACUUGGCAUGCUUGCGCACAACAAGGAAGGAAAACUGUGCAUCGAGGACGCAGAUGGUAGUGUAGAACUCGAUUUCUCCAAGCUCGACGAACCAGGUGAUGGCCUCUUUACGGACGGAUGUUUCGCACUGGUUGAAGGAGAGUAUACGCAGGAAGCUACGCUCGAGAUAAUUGCUAUAGGACAACCUCCUUGUGAGCCCCGAGAGAUAGCGAGGUCAAUUUAUGGCCAUAUCGACUUCCUUGGCAAAGGUUCAACCUCGUUGCUCGAAGACUCACAAUUUGCAACACGCAUCCGCGAAGAGCUCUCCGAACUUCACUUUUUCUUCCUUUCGGAUGUCUGGCUUGACCAUCCCCAGACGCUCCCCGGUCUCCGGAAAAUGUUUGAUAAUUGCACCGAAAACGACUUCAUUCCAGCGGUCAUCGUCAUGUGUGGCAAUUUUACAAGCAAAUCUAUCUCGCAUGGAAACGGGAGGGAGGUGCAACGAUAUCAAGAUAAUUUUGAUGAACUGGCCGAUUUAAUUGCAUCUUACCCAUUGAUUACGCGAAAAACCCAUUUUAUACUCGUUCCUGGACCUCUGGACAUCACAGUCAACUCAACAUUACCUCGUAGGCCUUUAUUGGCAGCCCUUGUUGCUCGACUUGAGGCUAAGGUUCAUAAAAUACAUUUCGCGACAAAUCCUUGCCGCAUCAAAUUCUUUGACCAAGAGAUUGUGGUUUUCAGGGAAGAUCUGAUGGCGAGGAUGCUGCGAAACGUUGUUGGCGUCAAACCAGACGUCAGAAGCGAGGAUUUAAAGAGAUUCGUAGACCAAAGCCACCUCACCCCCUUGACCAUCAAUAUCCAACCCACCCUUUCGGACUACGAUCACAGCCUGCGACUUUAUCCUUUGCCAACAGCGCUCAUACUCGCAGACAAAUAUGAAAGGUACAAGGUGACAUACACUGGCUGCCAUGUCUUCAACCCAGGCAGUUUUGUCGGUGGCUCUCUCGUCUUCUCGACGUACAAGCCUGCCGAACUGAACUCGGAAGAAUGGUACGUAUUUGGAUUCUGA